GCAUUUGCAAAACGAUUGUCUAACAGGAGUAUAUCACAACAAUCUAGAAACAUAUCAUUAGCCAGAGUUUUAUAAUACUAUUUGUCUUUGCUGUUUGCAUGUGUGCUGCAGGUAAAAUGAGAAAGAUGUCAUUUAUUACCAUUAUUGUUUCUACAUUGAUUUUAAUAGAAACUGCAACUUCGCUAGAAGAUUGUCCGAAAAAUGCGAGAUAUAGAACAAUUGAUGGGUCAUGUAAUAACUUGAGAAAUCCCACUUGGGGAAAAGGUGAUACCAAACUGAGAAGAUUGACGGACAAGGAUGGAAAUCCAAUGGUGGCAUAUGAGGACGGAAAAAGUCUUCCUAGAGGUUACCCGAACAAACUACCAAACCCAAGAACUCUCAGCAAUUUGGUAUCAGAUUCGGCUUUAGGACCAACGAAUCAGUAUGAUCGAUGGAGAACUGGAGAGGUCAUGUGUUUCGGUCAAUUAAUAUCGCACGAUUUCAUUGAAACGGCUGUGCCCUCUGAUGUUGACUGCUGCAAUAAAAUGGAUCCACAUUUUGGCAAUAUUGAUGUUUGUUUUCCUUUUGACGUUCCUUCGGGGGAUUCAAGUUUUCCACCUAGCUGUAAAAACUUUGUAAGAUCAAAUGCCGCUACAAAGAACAACAACUCACCACCUUACAGGGAACAAGUGAACUUGAUAACUUCAUACAUUGAUUGUUCAUUUUUGUAUGGCAGUAGGAAGAGUAUAGCAGAAUCAGUAAGACUACCAAACAGUUUCCUAAUGAAGACAGAUCCUGGAAACCUUUUGCCUUCAAUCGCUGGUGGAGGCUGUCUAAAAGACACCCCUAAAGUCCGCUGUCCGUUUGCAGGUGACAGCAGAAGUGUUGUGGUACCAUAUCUUAGUCUUAACCAUUUGCUAUUUGUCAGGGAACAUAAUCGACUGUCUACGCGACUUCGAAAGCUCAACUCAUGCUGGAGCAACGAAAAAGUUUUCCAGGAAACUCGCAGAAUCAUCAUAGCUCAAGUUCAACACAUUGUCUACAACCAUUUCUUACCAGCUGUUCUAGACAAACGCACCAUGCGAAAAUUUAACUUGUUCUCUAAGAAACGGGGUUAUGAUAAUGUUUACGAUGAUCAAAUCGAUGCGUCUGUUUUUAGCAGCUUUAGUGGGGCUGCUGCUCGUUAUGGUCAUUCUCAAAUAAUGUCAGAUGUGUCAGAGUUAAAAGAUGAUUAUACUACUGUAAUUACUCACAAACUUGAGGACACUUUUUUCAAUCCAUAUCUAUGGCAACAACAUUAUGGAUCAAAUAUCAAAGAUCUUACUAGAUGGAUUGCACUAAAACAAACACAAAAAAUUGAUAAUUUUUUUGUAGACGCAAUUCGUAAUAAACUAUUCUCGAACAAGAAUCCACCAGGUACAGAUCUAUUUGCAAGAAACAUACAUCGAGGACGUGAAGAAGGGCUCCCUGCAUACAAUGAGUGGAGGGACUAUUGUGGGCUCGGAAAAUAUGAAUAUUUUUAUGAGUUUGGUGAAUUUGGCUCCGCACUUGCAAGUGUAUAUAAGUCAGUUGACGAUGUUGAUUUGAUUGUCGGUGGUCUUUUAGAGAAAGGAAAACGUGGAAGCGUUGGUCCAACUUUUGCUUGUAUAAUGGGUAUACAGUAUUCUCGUUUUAAAGUUGGCGACCGAUUUUGGUACGAAUCAGAUGACCCUCAUUUUGCUUUCACAAAAGAUCAGUUGAACUCUAUCAAAAAAGCCACUUCAUUAUCGAAAAUAUGGUGCAAAAACUUUGGCAUUGAAUUUAUACAAAAGAACAUAUUUAAAAAGCCAUUGAAAUAUAAUAAGCUACGUCGAUGUAGGAAUCUUCGAGAUAUCAACCUGUCCUUGUGGAAAGACCAUGAUUGUGUUUCCAGUUCUUACUAUGUUUACUCGGGUAAACAUUUUGUACAAUAAAUAAUAUUGUAUCAGCA